ACGGCUCAUCUCGAUUAGAGGGGACAUCCCGUGGGCGGCGUCCUCGCCUGAUCUAAUGCCCUGUGAUUUUUUUUUAUGGGGACACCUCAAGGCAGAGGUGUUUAAACAUCGCCCCACAAACCUGCUUCAGCUGAAGAAUGUUAUUCGGCAGGAAAUAGCCCGUAUUCCUUUGGACAUGUUGGAACGUGUAGAGGGAAACAUCAGAAAUCGAGAACAUCAGUGCAUAGAGAAUGGUCUGCUGUACUAGGUGUGUUGUUUCAGAAGAACUCCUGGAGUGAAGGAAUCAUCUUCUGCAGGAUCAUGGGGAAGAAGAGCCGCAUUGCCUGCCUGGUGCUUGUCAUUGUGGUUGUUCUGAUUAUUUGCUUCAGUUUGCUCUCUCGGAGGAAACUUAAAACUCAGUGCUACUCCAAAGCCGCCAUCGCAGCUGACACCGGGACGUGUUCUGAAAUCGGCAGGGACAUGUUAAAACGUGGUGGUUCUGCGGUCGAUGCUGCCAUCGCAGCGCUGUUGUGUGUGGGACUGUUUAACGUUCACAGCAUGGGCAUCGGAGGAGGACAUUACUUCAUCUUCUAUAACGGCUCUACAGGAAAGGUGGAGACAAUCAACGCGAGGGAAACAGCGCCCCUACAGGCCACGGUUGACAUGUUCCGCCAUGACGCAGAGCUCUCGAAAAAAGGAGGUCUGUCUAUCGCUGUCCCCGGUGAGCUUCGUGGCUAUGAACUGGCACACCGGCGUCAUGGCCGCCUGCCCUGGAGGGAGCUGUUUAAGCCGAGCAUCCAGCUGGCACGUGAUGGCAUCCGAGUGAGCAGAGCUCUUGCCAAACCCUUGUGUGAAAACCAGGAGACCAUUCAGGCUGAUCCUGUGUUGUGUGAAGUGUUCUGUGAUUCCAACAAAACCAUCCUGAGGGAAAACGACACAAUCAGAUUUCCACAGCUAGCAGACACCUACGGGAGGAUCGCUGAGGAAGGAGCUGAUGUUUUUUAUAAAGGCUCCAUGGCUGAAACGAUAGUGAAGGACAUCCAGGUUGCAGGUGGCAUUAUAACACUUGAAGACCUGUCAGCUUACACACCAGAGUUGAAUGAAAGCCCACUGAAGAUAAAUGUGGGAGAAUACACGAUGCACUUUCCAGAUGCUCCAUCUAGUGGUCCUGUGCUAGCGCUAAUCCUCAACAUUGAGGUGAGUUAUAAUUUCUCACCCAGCAGUGUGUCCACUCCAGAGAAGAAGACUCUCACUUAUCACCGCAUCGUUGAGGCUUUUCGCUUCGCCUACGCUAUGAGGAGCAGGCUGGGAGAUCCUCAGUACCUCAACAUCACCGACCUCAUCCACAACAUGACCUCAGAAUACUUUGCUGAAAACAUCCGCAGUCAGAUCACAGAUAACGCCACACAUCCAGAGAGUUACUACGGACCAAAAUACUUUAACCCUGAGAAUUCUGGUACGGCUCAUCUGUCUGUCAUCGCUGAGGACGGAAGCGCCGUGUCUGUGACCAGCACCAUCAACCAAUAUUUUGGGUCUAAAGUGAUGUCGCGUUCCACUGGAAUCAUCUUUAACGAUAAUAUGGAUGACUUCAGUUCUCCGUACAUCACAAAUGCAUUCUGCAUUCCUCCUUCUCCCAAUAACUUCAUUAAACCAGGUAAAAGGCCGCUCUCGUCCAUGUGCCCAACCAUCAUCUCUGACAAACACAACAAAGUUAAAAUGGUCGUCGGAGCUUCAGGUGGGACGAAGAUCACCACGGCAACGGCUCUGGUGAUCCUGAACUCUCUGUUCUUUAACUACGAUCUGAAGAAAGCUGUAGAAGAACCCCGGUUCCACAACCAGCUGAACCCCAACUACAAUGAGGUGGAAAAGGACUUUGAGAAGAGUGUGAUAAACAGUCUAGGUCUGAAGAAUCAUGUGUCGAAGUUACAGAACUCCACUGCAGUGGUCCAGGCCGUGGUGAGGCAGGAUGACCAGAUCUGUGCUGAAUCAGACAUCAGGAAAGGAGGACAUCCCUCCGGCUACUGACACUGACACUAACUUCAACAACUAUCAUACAAAAUGUCCAGAAAUCUGAAUGAAUCCCACAGAUCAGGUUUAAAGCUUUAAACACACCAUCUCCCUCCAUGUACUGUUCGUAUUUCAGAGACGCACUGAAAUAUUUCACUCAAUGACAUUCCUUCUGAAUUCACUAGAUUUCAUUAUUUUCUUGUAUUGUUUGUUGGAAAUUAGUCUUAAAAUGAAUCACAUCAGGAAAAUCUAAACCUUUGGGUUGGUAACAGUAGCUUUGCUUCAUCACACCACCCCAUGAUUAGUUUCCUGUAACAGCAAUACCUCUAUGUGUUUUAUUCCUUUAAUACCACAGUGAUGUUCAAUUAUUUCACUUCAUUUUUAUCCCUUUAUAGUUAUGUUUAAUGUUGGGGAACACCCAUGACACAAAUUUCGUGUUCUUCCGUUAAAACGGAUAUGAACAGUGUUUCCUUCAGCACUGUCUUAUUCUCAGGUAAGAAAAAAUAAAUCUCAGCUCAUCGUGAUACUGAGAAACACAAAGAAGUGUAAACUCCUCACGCUGCAGCUUCACCUCUGACUGAUACACACACACACAUACACACACACACACACACAUACACACACACUGAAAUGCAACAGUGACACUGGAGACUCCUUCUACACAUCAUACACACACACACACACACACACACACACUGAAAUGCAACAGUGACAUUGGAGACUCCUUCUACACAUCAUACACACACACACACACACACACUGAUACACAGAACUGACACUGGAGACUCCUUACACACAUCACACAUACACACACACACACAUACACACACACACACUGAAAUGCAACAGUGACACUGGAGACUCCUUCUACACAUCAUACACACACACACACAUACACACACAUACACACACACACACUGAUACACAGAACUGACACUGGAGACCCCUUACACACAUCAUACACACAUGCAUACACAUACACACACAUACACACAUACACACAUGCAUACACAUACACACACACACACACACACACACACACACACAUACACACACAUACACACACACACACACACACACAUACACACACAUACACACACACACACACACACACACACACAUACACACACACACACACACACACACAUACACACACACACACACUGAAAUGCAACAGUGACACUGGAGACUCCUUCUACACAUCAUACACACACACACACACACACACACUGAUACACAGAACUGACACUGGAGACCCCUUACACACAUCAUACACACAUGCAUACACAUA